AUGAGAGAUUUCGAAAAUUUGGAGGAGGAUAUGAGUCUUCCCGGUUUAGACGGGAACAACUUCGAUCCCUUUGGCAACGAUAAGGGUGACAUCGUGUUGGAAGACUUUGAUUUUGACUUGGACUUCAAUUUGGAAGAUAUCUUGCCGGCUCUGGUUGAGCAGCCUCUGCCUGACCCGGCUCAAUUCGACGACGACUGUUUUCUUUUGAAUGGAUCCAACCCGAAUUUGGCCCAGUUCCAGCUGGAUCGCAGCUUGGGUAAUGUUUCCAGGUCUUUUAAGAAGACGUCGGCUAAGUUCCCUCAUAAUCUCUGCGGUGAUGGGGUGAUGACGGAUUCAUCGUUGCCGUCGUCAGAACCCGAGGUUUGUCAGUUGUCUGGUGAGAGGAGCCCGGAGAUGAAUAAGAUUUUCAGUGAUCGGGGACAAGAUGUUUCUGCAUACCUGAAUGUAUCUUCACCGGAGUCAAAUGGGUCAAAAGGGUCAAAUGAUAUGAAGGUUUUGAGUUGCCCUUCCCCGGAGUCUCAGGGUUCAGGCAAUUGUCAUUCCAAUGUGUCUGAGGACUCGAAUAAAUCGACUACAGAAACAGAAAGAAGAAUAGAGUGA